UUCAGGAUGAUGCCAAGGCCCAAGACGAGCAGGAUGUGGCCCCCGUAUCCGGGGAGCAGGGUCACACACUAGCUCCCGGAUGAGCUCGUCAUCAGCCUUCCGGCUCUUGGUUCUGACUCCUGGGUCAGGACCUCUUCGCAAGUACUCCCCACCGUGUCAAGAUACAACUCAGCAACGUCACGUUCCGUUCCCGGGCGAGUGCUCGAGUCCUGGGGAGAAAGGAAUGGGGUUUUGCCCCUGUCCCCAAAUGCGCAGUCUUCGGGAGGUGCAGGGUUAAUGCAGGGAGCCGCGCAGACGCUUGAGCGCCACUAGAGGGACCACUGCAGCUGCUCAGGCAGGCAACCUCGCGGUCACGUGGUGCGAGGGCCGGACCAAACAAGGGGCCUGGCCAAUAGGCGGUGCUGUCGGUGGGCGUGACAGCCAAUAGGAACAGGGAGCGGGGUCCCGGACUAGAAGAAACGGCGACUGGGAGGGGGCUAGGGGACCAUGGGGCUUCUGACCAUUCUGAAGAAGAUGAAGCAGAAGGAGCGGGAGCUGCGGCUGCUCAUGCUCGGCCUGGACAAUGCCGGCAAGACAACCAUCCUCAAGAAGUUCAACGGGGAAGAUGUGGACACCAUCUCCCCGACUCUGGGCUUCAACAUCAAGACACUGGAACACCGGGGAUUCAAGCUGAACGUCUGGGAUGUCGGUGGCCAGAAGUCCCUACGCUCCUACUGGCGCAACUACUUUGAAAGCACUGAUGGCCUCAUCUGGGUGGUGGACAGCGCCGACCGCCAGCGCAUGCAGGACUGUCAGCCGCCUGGCCGGAGCAACCCUUCUCAUCUUCGCCAACAAGCAGGACCUGCCCGGAGCACUGUCCUCCAAUGCCAUUCGGGAGGCCCUGGAGCUGGACUCCAUCCGCAGCCACCACUGGUGCAUCCAGGGCUGCAGUGCCGUCACUGGGGAGAACCUGCUGCCGGGCAUUGACUGGCUCCUGGAUGACAUCUCCAGUCGCAUCUUCACAGCUGACUGAACCACUUGGCUGUCCCCACUCUCAGUCCAGGCCCCCAGCUCUCCCAGACACCACCGUGGGGAGUGGGAGUCAGCCCACCAGACUAACAUGCCCGCCCUGCCGUAACCUGCUGCUGCUACUGCUGCCCGCUGCUGCUGUCCCAUGGCAGGAGGGCUGUACCUGGCUGUCACCCUGGCUCCUGACCCAGCCUGCAGCUGCCACACCAAGAAGAGGGGGCUGGGCUGGAAGGGGCAGCCUCUGCUGCUCUGGAGGCCCUGGGCCUCAUUUUCCACUCAGCUGUGAGAAUAAAGCACUCCUGUCCAACUGCU